AUGUCACAUAUUCGCUUACUUAUUACAGAACUGGAUUUUUCAACGAUUUAUACAUCCUAUUAUGAGAAACACAAACAAGAUGAGCCAACUAUUACAUAUGUUUUAGCAAAUAAUGAUCGCUUCUCUAAUAUAAGUACGCCAAAAGAUGCUGCUGAAUAUCUAUUUCCACCGUCAGUAUUACCGAAACCGAAAAAUGUUUUAACAAAAGUAUUAUAUCAACUUAAACAUCAUAAGAAGAUUAAGCCUAAUGGAAAUGAUGAAAGAGAAGAAAUUAAUUUGGCCGAAGAAUUUUACAGGACAAAAUAUCCAGAACAAUGUCCAAGUGAACUGUUUUUAAAGAUAUUAAACGAUGUCUUCUUGGUAUUAGAAGAUGAUCCACUUUCUGGUGUUGUUAGUCCUUCGUUAAUUGCUUCGACAGGUGUCAUUCCAUACACCGUUAUUUCAACAAUUCCUGAUAUUAUGGAACACUAUUACCAAGUCAUUGUUAAUGCCAAACGUGAGAUACUAUUUGCAACAAACUACUGGGAGAAAGGACAUUCAGUUACAACAGUCGGUAAUGCUUUGAAAGAAUUAAGUAAACGUGCUGCAAGUGACAAUCGUCGAGUCAUCGUUAAACUGAUGAUUGAUCAUCCAACAGCUGAAAAUAUUGCUCAUUCGUUUCAUAAUCUGUUGCCAGUCGGAAAAUGGUCUCAUUAUGAUAUACCUCAUCCAGAUGAAAUACCGUAUGUUGAUUUAGAAAUAAUGAAUUAUCAUCGAUUAAUUAUGGGCACGUUUCAUUCGAAAUUUCUUGUAUCUGAUCGUCAUAUUGCUUUGCUAAAUUCGAACAACAUACAAGAUCGUCCAAAGUGAGUGGUUUAACUGUUUCUCUAUUAUUCUUGGCUAUUAAUCCGUAUGGUAUGAAACCGAAACUUUAGAAAUACUUUUUGUCCAAAGGAUAAUCUACUAACCAUUCCAGAUAUAAUGCACUCUGAUGUUUUCUCAAUAACUCAAAAACAGUAAAAUGUAGAGACAUGCGAUUUUCAGCAAUCGAAAGAUGACACUUUAACCUACUUUCACAAGCAAAAUUGACUUUCGACAACAUUGCGAACAGCGC